AUGUCGUUUAUGCGCGGCGAUCUGCUGCAGAAGGCGCGGCUGCUGAUGCGCGGCGGCGUGGUCGACCCGCCCAAGUGGCUCGACGCGCUCUCCAAGUGCGUGGGGAGGGGGGGCGGGGGGAUGGGAUGUUGGCGGAGGGGGGGAUGGGGAGGGGAGUGGGGGAAAGAGGGGUGGGGGAAUGGGGGGAAGGGAAUUGAGCCCAAGGCGCGGCGCUGCCCCAAGGCGCGGAGGAUAGAGUUCCCAGAGGACCCUCUAGUGGAGUCGUAUUACGCAAGACACCCUGAGGCCAAGCUGCAGGCAUACCGGCUGCAGGGCUUCGACCCGCCAGUGGCUCGGCGGUUCGCGUGGCGGCAGCUGGAGCUGAUGCAGCAGCAGGGACUGACCAAACGACAGGCCAGGGAUGCUGUGGAGGCGGAGUUCACACGGGCGGAGCAGGAGGAGGAGGAGCGGGCGGUGCAGGAGUGGCGCCGGGCCAUUCGGGAGGGGCGCCAGCCGGCAGCAGUGCAGUGCAGUGCGGUGGAGGAGGUGCAGCAGGAGGAGCGCGCUCACAUGCUAGCAGGCCUUGAAGCCAUGGGGGCUCAGCUCGAGGCUGCUGCUGCCGAAGCUGAGGCGGAGGCUCGGGCUGCGCAGAGAAGCGUUGGGAGAUAG